AUGACCACUUUACAUAUUAAUGGUAAAGCAUUCACAGGGCUCUUAGACACAGGUGCAGAUAAGAGUAUCAUCAAAAGGGAAGAUUGGCCAAAAGCAUGGCCAAUACAAAAGGCUGACCAAGCUUUGCGUGGCUUAGGUAUUGCCUCUAAUCCUGAUAGGAGUGCUACUUUACUAAAUUGGAGAGAUGAUGAAGGACACCAAGGUUUAGUUCAACCAUAUAUAUUAGAUCACUUGCCUGUAAACUUAUGGGGUAGAGAUGUCAUGGAAGGCAUGGAUCUAAAAUUAACAUUGGACAUACCAUUUAGCAGCCCACAAGCUAAUACAAUUAUGCUUGCUCAGGGACACAUCUGGGGAAAAGGUUUAGGGAAUAAUCAACAAGGAAUCACCAACCCGAUUGAACCCCAGAAAAAGGAGAACCUGAUGGGUCUGGGUUUUCAUUAG